CUGCCAUCUGCCUCCCAGACCCGGAGUGCCCCACUCGCUCGCUCGGCCCGGGCACGGGCACCACCGCACAAGGCUUUUACCAGCUCCCCACGCGUCGCCGCCGACCGCAACGCCGCCGGCGAGGCGGCUCCUCUCCCUCUCUGACGCCGCCGGAUCCUCCACCCACCGCGCACCUCUCUGGUUCCCUUGGGGGGUAGAGAUCCGUUCGCGCGAGGACUGGUCCCUUCUUGGGUUGGGUCUCCUCCUCCAGCGCGCGAGAUCGACGCUGGUUGGCACUGACUAGAGUACUUCGUGGCGCCUGAUUUCGGGGGUGCGGUUUAUCCUCCAGGAAAUUUUGGGGGGUUUGGUUCGGCUGAACCCCCAUGGCCCAGGCGAAGUCUGCUCCCGGAAAGAAGGAGGUGGGCCGGGGACGGUCGCCGGAGCCGCUCGAUUUCUUCAUCUGGACUGUCGAGGAUGUUGGAUUAUGGCUGGAAGAAAUAAAUCUUGGUGGCUACAGACAAGUAUUUGAAGAAAAUGGUGUCAAUGGAGAAUAUCUGGAAAGCUUGUCUAUGUUUACUACUGAGCAGAUUCUGCGGUUUAUCAGGCGAUGCCAUAUGAAAUGGGGAGACUUUAUCACACUGUGCAAAGAGUUGAGGCGCAUUAAAGUCGCCUGCCUGAAGGGAGAGCAAGAAGUUCGGCGGCCAUGGUGGGCGCCAGCAUGUCUCUCCGUGGUGUUUGUGAGGGCGGCCAAGCAGAACAGGAAGUCUCGGGUCGUCUCCUUGAAGCUGGAACCCUGAUGCUUGUAAAGCGCCUUGAGUCCCUGCCUGCACUCUUCUCCUCCAGCUCCAUGGGAGGUAGCCUGCGCACACACCAUCGUGCGCUAGUUAUAAGUGGUCUGAGAGCUGUUUUGCUAUGAGAGUAGUAUGCUCCUACUAUGUACAACUAGUCUCUUAUCCUUUACUAGAUCUGUUGUUUUACUUCAUAUGUAGGUUUGGAAUAGUAAUCUGAUGUAGACAAAGAAAGAAACAUAUGUUGUGUAGAUGGUCCUGGUAAGGUCUGCUUCUGGCAAAUCGUCCUGAGUUGUUAUGCAUUUUCAUUGCUAAGAAUUGGCCUGGAUCUUCACUAUCUGUUCUGUUAUUUCCGAGGUUUUUACUAUGCUAUUCAGAAAA